AUGUCGAAAGAAAACCAGAACGUGGUGCUAGUCAGUGUAGAAGGAGAGAGAUUCGUGGUCGACAGAAAGAUCGCUGAAAGGUCGCUACUUUUGAAGAACUAUCUACAGGACUUGAACAGCGGAGAUUUGCAAGAUGCGGAUGGUGAUAAUGAUGAUGAUGAGGAUGAUGAUGAGGAUGACGAAAUAGUGAUGCCCGUGCCAAACGUGAGGUCGUCUGUGCUCCAGAAAGUUAUCGAAUGGGCUGUGCAUCACAAGGACUCGAACUUCCCUGACGAAGACGACGACGAUUCCAGAAAGGCGGCACCUGUGGACCCAUGGGACCGUGAGUUCUUGAAGGUGGACCAAGAAAUGUUAUACGAAAUCAUUCUUGCAGCAAACUACCUCAAUAUCAAGCCAUUGCUCGAUGCAGGUUGCAAAGUCGUGGCCGAAAUGAUUAGGGGCAGAACGCCAGAAGAGAUCAGAAGAACGUUCAACAUUGUCAACGAUUUCACACCCGAGGAGGAGGCUGCCAUCAGACGUGAGAACGAGUGGGCAGAGGACCGCUAG